UUAUGUUCCGUGGGUUUGGUUUAGAAGCGGAGAGAUAUUACGGAUAUAAAUAAAUUGUAAUUAACAACAAAAAUUACGCAUUUCAAGUGGUGGUGGUUACAACAAACAAUAAUUGUUCUUGUUUUGCAGAAAAAGAGUUUCUUCGAGUUUCCACUCGAUAGAAAACAAUGGCCAAAAGCAUGAAGAGCAUGAAAAUGCCCAUGGGUGGACAACAAACAAAUCCAGUCUCGCCAGACACUGAGAGUGCAUCCGGUCUGGUUAUACCCAUGAUAAAGACCAAGGAUUGUCCCAAACAACUGCCCAUUUACACGGCGGCCUUAAGUAAACCAGCCGAAGAUUAUUUGGCUGCCGAAGAUUUGGAUAAUAUACAACUGGAAUUGGAGAAACUGCUGUCCAGUGUGGCGCUACGUUAUAGGGUAUUAAAAUUGGAAUAUGAAAACAUUGAUAAAGAUGAUAAGAACAAAGAUAAGAAGAGUAAACAUUCGCUGCAGCUGUUGGGCGCUCAGACGGGAGAAAAACAACCCACCUCUCCGGCAACGGCCAUGACCAGCAGUGGGAAACGUAAACGGGAUGAAACUUCAUUGGUGCGCAAACCCAAGCAUGCAACAUUGAAACAUACCAAGAAUCUACACAACAAAAACAGUCCCCUGGCCCAGCAGACCGAUGAUAGCAUGGACUGUGUGCCAGGUGUACAUGGUGCCGGUCGGGAUGUACAAAAACCCAUACCCGCCAAAAUUGAUACCCCAAACAAAUUUUGGCUUUCUGUGGAGCCUUAUUGUAUGCCUUUGACAAAUGAAGAUCUACGUUUGUUGGAUGAUUUAAUGGAACAAUAUAAUGGGCCAUUGGUGCCACCAAUACCUGAACUGGGGCCACACUACUCCACCAUAUGGGCUGCGGAGGAUAUGAAGGAAAUACAACAGGCCUCCAAUCCGAAUGCGAACAAUCGUUUGAAACCCCAGAAUAAUGGUGGUGUUGGCAACAUGCUGAAAAAGGCCGAUUCCAUUGUGGAUGAAUGUGUGACAGGGCCAUUGACACAGCGUUUGGUCUCCGCCCUCAUGGAAGAACAAUUGAUAACAAAUCCAGCCGAUGUGGUGGCCGACAAUAGCAACAGCAGCAGUGAAAAUACCCAUUCCUCGGCUGCAAUGAGUUUCCGCUCGUUGUCAAUGCUGCGCAAUUGUAUUGGCAUUGAGAAACGUGUCAAAAAGGAACUCAUCGAACAGGGCAUUUUGGACAUAUCAGAUUUUCCCAACAAUGACGAAGAUGAAAUACAUGCGGAAAUAAAGCGAUUAGUUGGUGAACUUUCGGCCAUUGCCGAACACAAUAGCAAUGCUUUGAAACGUCUUCACGAGGCGGCCACCGAGGAGAUAAAACGUUUGGAAGUUAAACGUAAACUAGACGCAAUUGAUCAGGAAAUAUUGGAAACCUAUAAAAGAACUCUGCAGACAAAGGCUAAGCGUAAGCCGUUAUCGCCGGAAGAACAGCAGGAAAUCUAUCGUUUGACAGCCGAACAAAAGACACUCUCCGAUCAAUUGGAACGUAUGCAAGCCCAUCAGUUUCCAAUGGAAUAGGAUAGCAAAAGAAAAAACAGAAAUAAAUGUAUUGAUGAAUAUUUAACAGAACUCAGCGACAAAUUGUAGGUGUGUUAACAAAUUCCCAAAAUAUAUUCAAAUUGAAAUUGCCUCCUA